CAGCUACAACAGAAACAUCAACAAGUGCUGUGACGACGAUGUCUGGAACAACCUCUACCACUGCUGCGGUAGGAUCGACGACAGAAGUCAGAUCAUCAACAGCAGCUGGAAUGAUUAAUACAAAUUCUACAACAAUAACAACACUUCAGACUCACACCACCACAUCAACACCUGCAACAAGGCAAACCUUGGCUGUUACUCCCCCGACAACUCCUCAUACAGUCAUUGGAAUAGCACGUUUAAACAUCCGCUUUCUGUUCAUCACCAUAAAAGUCCCUAGUGAAACUGAAAUCCUCAACAUUGCUAAUAAGAUCUUGGGUCCUCGUGUUAGAUCUGAAAAUAUAAAACUGAACGAUCCAGUGCAGAUUAAGAAUAUCACAUAUGAAAAAUUGUCAAACACCUCCUUUGCCUUGGACUUGGGCUAUGAGAUUACUAAUGUGAAUAUGAGUGAGCAAUUCUCACAGAGAAACAAUACUUUUAUUCUCAUCCAAGAGAGUAUCAACAAACUGCUAAAUAAUAUUCUCAACAGUCCUAAUGGAACUCCAUUCACCUUUCCUCAAGCAAACUUUAUUAAUGAACAAAAUGUGAUUGAAGCAAAUAUGACCUACAUCUAUAAGGAAGGGGACAUCAACCAACCAAGCAACUUCCUAUCAGACAUCCUGAAAGCCAGUGGCUUGGAUGUUUCCACCACCACUACAGCACCAACUACCACCACUACAACUCCACCUACUACAACUAAAUUCAACCCCACCUUCCUGCUCACCACACCCCUGCAUGGGGCCUCCAGUGUAGUGGAAAGUGGGAAAUUUCCAGGCUGGGCUUUGGCCAUUAUCAUCCCCUGUGGUAUUGUUAUCAUCCUGAUUCCGCUCUGGAUCCUCCUCUGUUGCCUGUUGUGUGGCUGUUGUGCAGCCAUAAGGCGGCGCUGGAGACGACGGAGGUCUUACAAUGUGCAGUACACAACACGCAAUGGCCUCUUUUGAGAAGUGCAACAUUACCUCCUGAGGUCUGAACACUGAAGAUACUUUAAUUUCGUAGACCUUUGAACUGGAUAACCCAGUACUUCAGAGGAUAUUAGCAAUUUUUACAGUCAUCAGUUUGGCGUAUUGGUAUUUUCAUUCAGGUGUAUUAAUGGGAAACGAUGGAAAAUAUAUUGUUUUUUGGUUAUGUGAAACGUGUGAAAGAAAUCAGGGUGAAAUGUGUGAGAGGUUGUCUUUAUCAAAUCAGUCUUCAUAAGUAUUUUCUGUGUUGUGUAUUCAUAUUUGUCCAUCUUUUGUGUGUGCAUUAUUAGUAACUUUCAUCCAAAAUAUUAUACAAUUCUAUUACCACAA